CAGUUACAUAGCGGACGGAUACACACUAGAGAAAAUUUACUUCAAUUACGAAUUAUUUCAGUUCGCGAACGACAUCGACCGAAAAGUGAAUGGAAAUUUCAGUGUUUCUGUUUUCUUUAUUGGUAAUGGUCUUUUAAAGAGUGAUAAGUACGAAAAUAACGGCUUAUUAUUGUUACGAGUGUGUUAUGGAGACGAAUUUUCAAAAUGUGAGAGUUUUACAAAGUUUAACAAGCCAUACUAGUGAUGUCACAUCUUGCGAUUUUAGUACAAAUUUUGUGUUGGUUACUGGUUCCAGUGAUAAGACCGUUAGAGUUUGGGAUUGGAUAGUAGGGUCAGGUUACUCGGAACGGUCGUAUUCACCUCUUCUUGGCCACAAAUAUUCAGUAACAUGCGUCAAACUAUCACCACAAGGGUGCAUGCUGGCGUCCUCAUCGGUCGAUGGAACCACAGUACUAUGGAAUAUGCAUUCUGGGUCAAAAAUACACGUUUUCGUACAAAUUAAUGGUGAUGCUGUUCGAGUGUGCAGAUUUUCCGGUGAUAGUACAAUCCUAGUAACUGCAAGUGACAAUGGUGCUCUCUGUGUUUGGGAUGUGAUUCACAAGAGUUUAGUUAGAACAGUCACUGAUAGCGAAGGUACAAUCCAAUCAUUGGCUUUUACUCCCGAUUCUAAAUAUUUGGUUAGCGGAUGUUCCGUAGAAAAAAUUAAAAUUUGGCUUGUGUCCAGUUUGGCAGAUACUACGAAUGAUUUUUGUCUGCCACUUUAUUCCGUUGACAAUGCACAUGAUUUAGGAAUUUUGUAUUUGGACGUAUCCAAAACAAUAGACGUAGAUGGUAUAUUAUCUGAUAAAUUAGUAAAAUUGUUUAAAAUACACGACAACAUGAAUAUUGAUGAACUUAGUUUCUUACAUUUGGAUGAAAGCCACACAUAUCCUGUGUUGCACGUUGAAUUUUCUAAAUCCGGAAAGAUGUUAGCUACUUGUUCGUUAGAUGGCUGCGCAAUUGUAUGGAACAUGUCGUCAGGAUUAAAAAUUUUCGAAAUACCUCAGAACAGUUUAGCUGUAAAAGAUUGUCGAUUUUCCGCCGAUGAAACUAUGCUAAUAACAGUUGGUGAUGAUGAAAAGGCAUAUGUCUGGGAUAUUGUCUCAAAAAGCCUGAUUGUAAUGGUACAAGCGCAUCUAGAAUCCUUAACAUCCACAAGUUUCACACCUGACGACAAGCUAAUGGUCACGGUAUGUACCAACGGUGAAAUAAAAUUAUGGAAUAUAUUAACAGGUACCAAUAUUUUUACCGAACUCUAUGCCCAUGAUCUUGGGAUCAAUUUUUGCGAUUUCUCCGAAAAUAUGGAACCAAAUCCACUUGUCCAAUCUAAUGGAAAACAAAAUUAUCUUUUGGCCACGUGCGGAAACGACAGUCUAGUCAAGUUAUGGUUAAUAGCGUACUCCAAGGCGUCGGAAUCGGUUACAGUUAAAAACUGGAGAACUUUAGUGGGACACGGUGGAAAUGUUAUGUGCGUUCGGUUUUCGCCAAAAUUUUCCGAAUUGGUUUGCUCUGGCGCAACCGACAAACAGCUGCGCGUGUGGUCAGUCUACAGCGGAACUUGUAUUCAAGUUUUAAAUCACGAUUCAAUAGUAACUUGCUGUUGCUUUAAUUUCGACUGUUCAUUUCUUGCCGGCGGCUGUUUGGACAAGACUUUGUGGCUUUGGAAAUUACCGGAACAUCUGACAGUUGAAUUAUCGUUUACACGAAAGAUAGACAUUCGUAAAAAAGACGUUGGUGAGUGGAAUAACGAUGAUGUUUUGGAGUGGCUUACAGGAGCGGGACUCCAGUCGUUACUGUCAAAGGUAGCGAGUUUUAAUAUGGAUGGAGGAAAGCUUUUGACCAUGAAGGACGACACUAUUUUCAACGAACUAGGCUUUGACGAGGAAGAAGCAAUUCAAUUUAAUAAGGAAUUGAAGCGAUUAAAAGAGGCCGAACGAACAUUUCUGAAUGGUUUUCGUAGUUCUGAAUUACUUAAUGUGCCUCAUCGAUUUUUCUGUCCAAUAACACACGAAAUUAUGCGAGAACCCGUAGUUUGCGCUGAUGGUUAUACUUAUGAGAAACAAGCUAUCAACGAAUGGUUUAUGAGUGGAAGAUACACCAGUCCAAUGACCAAUGAAACUCUACCUAACGCCGAUUUUUAUUUCAAUAAUGAACUACUGAACGAAAUAUUGGAAUUCUUUAAUGACAAUGACUAGCCGACAAAACUUUAAUGCGUUUCUAUAUUGUAUAAAAAAAAUCAAUCAAAUUUUACUACAUAUCUGUCUAUCUGUGCAUAUUUAUAAUAUUUUACAAAGCACAUUCAAUGAAUUUUUUAUACUGAAAUAUGAUGCAAUUAUGUUGUGAUAAUCUGAAAUAUACCUAA